AACCUGAAGCUAACCGAGGCUAGCUGCGCGGUCCCGACUGUCUCAGCUGCUUUAUGUGAUUAAACAACAGAAGCACAGCUCUGGUGGUGUGUUGGACCCGUCCUCGGGCCGGUACCGACCGCUGAGAGGACACUUUUGGACCCGGUCCGCUCGGUACACUUUCAUACAGCCGCUAACAACAGCAGCCUGCUAACAGCUAGCUCCGGCGGCGCGACAUCACACAGAGCCCGCCCCCUUUCUGCGGCACCAGACAGCUGAUUGGCCACAGCGUUCGCGAAAGGAGGACGCUGAUUGGACGGACUGUAGAACGUUGGUUCCCGCCAGGCUUCUGCGUGGAUUUGAUUGGCUGUUAAAGCGUCCUUGCGGAAAUAGACAUACGCGUGGUUGCUAGUGUUUUAUUGUUAUUAUUAUUAUUAUUAAUUUAAACGUCAAAGAAAAGAGUUAAUAUGAGUUUCUCGUCAGAAAUAAAGAGUCUGAAUAAUAUCUGGUGAUGUAAUGAUGAUGUAAUGAUGGAGCACAGUGGAGCCGAAGCGCCAAACAUUGAUUAUAAAGUUUUCACGUUUGAAGAAAGAAAGAAAAACCCCGAAGAGUGUCUGUGUGUCUCCAUACCUGAGGUUCUGGAUCCACAGUAUGGGAUGUAUGUGUGGCCCUGUGCGGUGGUGCUGGCCCAGUAUCUGUGGACACAAAGAGAGGAGCUCAGAGACAAGACGGUGCUGGAGCUCGGGGCAGGUGUGAGUCUGCCAGGUGUGGUGGCUGCGAGGUGCGGGGCUAAGGUGAUCCUGUCGGACAGCGCUAAGACCCCGCUGUGUCUGGAGAACUGCCGGCGCAGCUGUGAAGCUAACGGCCUGCAGGAUGUGGUCGUGUUGGGUCUCACCUGGGGGGAGAUCUCCCCAGAUCUCGUCCUGCUUCCAGAGCUGGACAUCAUCCUGGGAUCAGACGUUUUCUACGAGCCACAAGAUUUUGAAGACGUCCUCGUGACGGUUGCUUUUCUUCUAAGAAAAAACCCCGGAUCUCAGUUCUGGACCACGUACCAGGAGAGGAGUGCUGACUGGUCCAUUGAAGCUUUGCUGCACAGGUGGAAGCUGAGCUGCGUCGACGUUGAGCUGCAGACGUUCGGUGCAGAUAAAGCUGAGCUGGCCGGAUCGACGCUCCCCGGCAGCCACAGCGUCCUCAUGCUGGUUAUCACCCUGAACACGGGGGGUUAACUCAGCUAUGGUUACAGGAUUAAAGUGAUGUGUCUGUAUAGUCACAUUCACAUCUGUGUGUGUUGAUGGUGAUUAAAGGAUCCAUUUGUGUU